UUACUCCAUAGAACCAAAGAAAGGGACCAUCGACAACACUUUCAAAGUGAAACUCCUCAAAAAGUUGUGGAUACACAGUUUAACUCUAUACUACACGUCUGGAGCAAGUCUCUGACGACAAGUAUCGUUAAACUUUCGAUUGAUCAAUUGUUCGUCUGUUUAGUACAGUCGAAAGGGAUUACAGAGUGUGUGGGAGAGACGGGAAAACUUUGAACCACAAAAUUCUUAGCUCCAUUCCUCCAUUUUGAAGCGUCCCUUUUUAUCAGUGGAAUUCCUUGUUUUUGAAAAUUUGCAAACAUGACUAGCAUUAAUACUGCCAACAUCAACUUCAAGUGGGACCCUAAGAGCCUUGAAAUCCGGACCCUUGCUGUGGAGAGAUUGCUGGAGCCCCUGGUCACUCAGGUGACCACCCUGGUGAACUCCAGCAACAAAGGCCCAUCCAACAAGAAAAAGGGCCGCUCCAAAAAAGCUCAUGUCCUCGCAGCCUCGGUGGAGACAGCCACCCAGAACUUUCUGGAGAAAGGAGAGAAGAUUGCGAAAGAGAGCCAGGUUCUCAAGGACGAGCUGACUGCAGCCGUGGAGGACGUCCGCAAGCAAGGAGAGUCCAUGAAGCUGGCCUCAGGAGAGUUUGCUGAGGAUCCGUGCUCUUCUGUGAAGAGGGGCAACAUGGUCCGCGCUGCUCGCGCCCUCCUCUCAGCUGUUACUCACCUGCUGGUGUUGGCAGAUAUGGCUGAUGUGUACAAACUCCUCCUGCAGCUCAAGCUGGUGGAGGAGAACCUUGUGAAGGUGCGCAAUGCUGGUACUGAGCAAGACUUGGGCAUUCAGUAUAAGGCUCUGAAGCCUGAAGUGGAUAAACUGAACUUGAUGGCAGCUAAGAGACAGCAGGAGCUGAAGGACGUCCACCAUAAAGACCAAAUGGCCGCUGCCCGAGGGGUCUUGCAGAGGAACAUUCCCAUGCUGUACACGGCCUCGCGUGCCUGCCUCCAGCACCCUGAUGUGGCUGCCUACAAGGCCAACCGUGACCUCAUCUACAAGCAGCUGCAGAACGCUGUCUCUGGCAUCUCCAAUGCUGCCCAGGCUACCAGCACUGAGGAGUCGGCCUUCAACCAGCCGGCCGGGGGCGGAGAGUUGGCCUAUGCCCUCAACAACUUUGAUAAACAAAUCAUUGUGGACCCACUGAAUUUCAGCGAGGAGCGAUUCCGUCCCUCCCUGGAGGAGCGCUUGGAGAGCAUCAUCAGCGGAGCUGCCCUCAUGGCCGAUUCCUCCUGCACGCGUGAUGACCGCCGUGAGCGCAUCGUGGCCGAGUGUAACUCCGUGCGUCAGGCGCUGCAGGAUCUGCUGUCAGAGUACAUGGGCAACGCUGGGCGCAAGGACAGGAGUGAUGCCCUCAACACAGCCAUUGACAGGAUGACUAAGAAGACCCGUGACCUGCGAAGACAGCUGAGGAAGGCUGUUAUGGACCAUGUGUCGGACUCCUUUUUGGAGACCAACGUUCCUCUGCUGGUCUUGAUUGAGGCUGCCAAGAAUGGUAAUGAAAAGGAAGUGAAGGAAUAUGCCCAAGUUUUCCGUGAACAUGCCAACAAGCUUAUUGAGGUUGCAAACCUGGCAUGUUCCAUCUCCAAUAACGAGGAGGGAGUGAAACUGGUCCGUAUGGCUGCUUCCCAGCUGGAGACCCUCUGCCCUCAGGUGAUUAAUGCAGCCCUGGCCCUAGCUGCCAAGCCAAACAGCAAGGUUGCCCAGGAUAACAUGGACCUGUUUAAGGAGCAGUGGGAGAAACAGGUGCGAGUGCUCACUGAUGCCGUAGAUGACAUCACGUCGAUUGAUGAUUUCCUCAGUGUGUCUGAAAACCACAUCCUGGAAGAUGUGAACAAGUGCGUCAUUGCCCUACAAGAGAAGGACGUCGACGGGCUCGACCGGACCGCCGGCGCUAUCCGAGGCAGGGCUGCUCGGGUGGUCCAUGUGGUCACCUCGGAGAUGGACAACUAUGAGCCAGGCGUGUACACAGAGAAGGUUCUGGAAGCCACCAAGCUUCUGACAGACACAGUGAUGCCGCGGUUCACGGAGCAAGUGGAGGCAGCCGUGGAGGCCCUGAGUGCCAACCCAUCCCUUCCCGUGGAUGAGAACGAGUUCAUCGACGCCUCCCGCCUGGUGUAUGAUGGCGUGCGUGACAUCAGGAAGGCUGUUCUCAUGAUCAGGCAGACUCCAGAGGAGCUGGAUGACUCGGACUUUGAAACUGAGGACUUUGAUGUGCGCAGCAGGACCAGCGUGCAGACUGAGGACGACCAGCUUAUCGCUGGACAUAGCGCUCGGGCUAUCAUGGCUCAGCUGCCCCAGGAACAGAAAGCCAAGAUUGCUGAGCAGGUGGCCAGCUUCCAAGAGGAGAAGAGCAAGCUGGAUGCCGAGGUGUCCAAAUGGGACGACAGCGGCAACGACAUCAUUGUACUGGCCAAGCAGAUGUGCAUGAUUAUGAUGGAGAUGACUGACUUCACCAGGGGUAAAGGGCCACUGAAAAACACCUCUGAUGUCAUCAGUGCCGCAAAGAAGAUUGCUGAAGCAGGCUCAAGAAUGGACAAGCUGGGUCGCGCCAUCGCUGAUCAGUGUCCUGAUUCGACAUGCAAGCAGGAUCUGCUGGCCUAUUUGCAGCGCAUCGCCCUGUACUGCCACCAGCUGAAUAUCUGCAGCAAAGUCAAGGCUGAGGUGCAGAAUCUGGGAGGGGAGCUCGUGGUGUCGGGGCUGGAUAGUGCCAUGUCCCUGAUCCAAGCCGCCAAGAACCUGAUGAAUGCUGUGGUUUCUACAGUGAAGGCGUCGUAUGUGGCCUCCACUAAGUACCAGAAGUCUCAAGGCAUGCAGAAUCUUAACAUGCCCGCCAUUUCCUGGAAGAUGAAGGCCCCUGAGAAGAAGCCUCUGGUGAAGCGCGAGAAGCAAGAUGAUGGCCAGACUAACAAAGUUAGGCGAUCCUCACACAAGAAACAUGUGAAUCCUGUGCAGGCCCUUAGUGAAUUCAAAGCCAUGGAUAGCAUUUAAACAGCUUUGAAACAGCAACAUUCGUGGAACGUGAUGUCUGUAGAUCUCUCCAGAAACGUAGAUUGAGCGUUACAGCAAGUCAGACAGGGGAAAGUAUUAUGCUGGAAUAUGCAUUCCACAACAUUAGCGUGUGAUCUGUCCUUUUUAUACACAGUAACUUUCCUGAGAUCAAAAAAAAGCGUAGUCAGAUUUUGUAUUUAUUCUCACAAAAGCAUUCAAAAAUGCCUGAUUUUUAUACAGAUAUUUCUUUGCAAGCUGGCAAGUAGAAAUAAGAAACUGGACCCAGGACUUUCUUGUCUGUCUGUCUUUUUUUUUUUUUACCUACACUUUAUUCAUCUCCAAAAAGUCAGUUAGAUUGCAUAUUUUAUGAAUUUUUGAUUGUAUUUUACAAUGGGAGGGCCCCUUUAAUGUUUCUGCUGGAGCCUGUGUUUAGAAUUGCCUUCUAGCCCUCUGUGUUUUGUAGUGUUGAUAUCAAACCUAUGCAAACUCUAAACUGCCUUUAUUUCAUGCAAUAAUUCCUGCACAGUUUGAUCCUUGAAGCUCUUGGUUUUUGUUUUGGAACCAGAGUAUUAGUCCUAAAUAAACUCUCUGCAUCUAAUAAACCUUUAUGUAUUUUUAACAGUUGAUCAUUAACACUAUCUUUGAAAUGAA